AACACGUAUAGAGUAUACUCCUCAAGUCAACAAAGAGCAAUUUAAUUACUUCAUCAAAAAUUUGUGUCUCUAAUUAUUGAUCUGAAUUUCAUUACAACUCAUGGAAGGUGUAGCUUUAGUACUUUCACUUCUCCUUAUUGUUGUUAAUUUAGAUGGAUUUUCUUGUGUUUAUUCAGGAAGUCAUUGCAUUGAGAGUGAAAAAAAUGCUCUUAUUAAGUUCAGCCAAGGUUUCAAGAAUCCGUCACAAAGUAUGUUAUCUUGGAUGUUUGACGAAAACUGCUGCAGCUGGAAAGGUGUUGAAUGUGACAACAAAACCGGGCACGUGAUCACUCUUGAUCUACAUAAGCAAUUCUUGCAAGGUGAGUUCAGGACUUCUUUACUUGGUUUGCCUCAUUUAAGGCACUUAGACAUGAGCCACAUUGAUUUCCUUGGGGAACGGAUUCCUGAGUUUAUUUCCAGUUUUAAGGACCUGGAGUAUCUCAAUUUGUCUAAAACGAAUUUUAGGGGAAUGAUUCCUGAACAUCUUGGGAAUCUGUCGCGGUUGCAGUUUCUUGAUCUGAGUGGUGAUUUUUCACUCCAGGUUAAUAACCUUGAAUGGAUUCACUCCCUCUUCUCUAUGAAGAUUCUUGAUUUGAGUGGUGUUGACAUGAGAAACGCGGAAAACUGGCUACAUGACAUCAAUUUGUUAAGUUCUCUCUCUGAAUUACGUUUGUCUGCUUGUCAGCUUACUACAUUUCCUGAAUUGCUUCCGACUUCUGUGAAUUUCACAUCCCUUCGGAUUCUUGAUCUUUCAUUAAACUAUUUUAAUACUAGGAUUCCUAGCUGGUUGUUCAACACAAGCCACAAUCUUGUUUACCUUAAUCUUUCGAGAAGUCAGCUGAACGGUUCACUUCCAAAUGCCUUUGGCAACAUGCGUUCACUUAGAGUUCUUGAUCUUUCUGGGAAGUCUCUCCUAGGCAACAGUCCACAUUCGUUUGAGAAAAUGAGUUCACUUACGGGCUAUUUACCACCAACCCUGCCAUCAAAGCUGAAAUACUAGGAUAUUUCUGAUAAUCAAAUGGAAGGUCCUUUAGCAAGAAGCAUCACACAACUUAAGCAAUUAGUUGUCCUCAAUGUUGCUCGGAACUCUUUCAAGGACUCGAUUACAGAACAUUUCUUGAAUAUAACUCAUUUGAGAGUGUUAGACUUGUCAUCUAACUCAUUUAUUUUCAAUGUAAGCGCAACUUGGAUGCCUCGUUUUCAACUUGACUCUCUAAGCCUGCAGUUUUGCGGACUUGGUGCACAGUUUCCCCAGUGGAUUCAGACACAAAAAGAGUUGUCAUUUAUUGAUAUCUCUCGCACCGAUAUCUCAGGUGAAGUGCCCGAUUGGUUCUGGAAUUUUUCUGCCAAGGUUUAUCACAUAGACCUUUCAGGAAACAAUUUCAGUGGAGAAAUCCCUGAAUUUACAGAAAGAGUUUGUCUUGCAAAAUUGGACCUGAGUGAUAACAAUUUUCAUGGUCCUUUGCCUCAUUUUUCACCCAAGAUGAUGACGUUGAUUUUGGCAAGGAAUUCGUUUAAUGGUACCAUUGCCCCUGUAUGUGAAUCACUUGUCAUGAAUAACUCUCUGAGUCUUCUAGACCUAUCUUCAAAUUUUCUAUCAGGACAACUUUCAGAUUGUUGGAGAUAUGGGAAGAAUCUGCAAGGAUUGAAUUUAGGCCAUAAUGAUCUAUCAGGGGAGAUACCUCAUUCGAUUGGAGAUCUUACUAACCUCUUCUUUUUGCAAUUGCAGAACAACAGUUUCUCCAAAAAUCUUCCUUCAUCAUUGAAGAACAUAACUGGACUAAAAAUUCUUGAUGUUUCUGAAAAUAGUUUAUCUGGGAAUAUACCAUUUUGGUUAGGGGAGAAUUUACAUGCUCUUGAGAUUCUUAUAUUAAGCAGAAACAACUAUGACGGAAUUAUUCCCAGGGAGAUUUGCCAGCUUAAAUACCUAUGUAUUUUGGACCUUAGUUCCAACGCACUAUCAGGAGUCAUUCCAAGGUGUCUUGAUAAUCUCCACACCAUGUCCGGAGAAGAGGAAGCCCCAUCCUUUACUAAUGGACCCUAUGCAAAUUACAGGAUUCAUGGAAUGCUCGUUCGUAAUGGAUACUUUAAGGAGUUCAUUUUUAGCUGGCCCCGGAUAGCAAUUGAUCUAGCAAAGAACCAUUUAUCAGGGGAAAUUCCUGUGGAAAUCACCAGGCUUACUGCACUGAGGGGCUUGAAUUUAUCAAGUAACAAUUUCAGAGGAGCAAUUCCAGGUGACAUUCACAACUUGCAACUUUUGGAGUCUCUAGAUCUUUCCAGGAAUCAGCUGUCAUGCUCCUUUCCUCCCCGUAUGGGACAUCUUAUGUUUCUUGAGGUCGCGAAUUUUUCUUUCAAUGAUUUGACAGGAGAAAUUCCAGUUGGAGGUCAAUUCGCCACCUUUGAGAGUACUUCUUAUGUUGGGAAUGCAAACUUGUGUGGAUUCCCAGUCUCACGAUUCUGCUCGGAUCAUUUACAUGAGGACAUGGUUCACUGUAGUAACAAUAAUCAGGAGGUUCAGGCCAUUGAACACGAAGAAAACAACAACUGGCUCGAUGAAUUUUCGUUCUACAUUAGUAUGGGAAUUGGAUUCAAUACAGGUUUCUGGUUAUUUUGGGUUACUUUAAUGUUGAAAGAGUCAUGGAGAUAUGCCUAUAUGAGGUUCCUGGAAAACAUGGGCAAUAAGAUAUAUGUCUUUGCUGCCAUCAGAUUGAAAAAUAUUCAAGCAGCAAAGAGGCUGACAAAUUUCCCAAAUUAAGCUGCUUCUCUUUACUAUUCUCUGUUUCUUUUUUUUCCUUUCUGUCUCUUCUUAUAUUUUGGUUUUGUAUCAUCUUUUUAGUUGCAACUUGUUUUGUAUCUU